UCAGGGGGCGGGGCAUCCCACGGCGGAUUCCGGCGUCUGGGCUUCGCCCGCCCCAGAGCCCGCGACGGCGCGCGCCAGGGAGGUCCUCCGCGAUGACGGCCAGCUCCGUGGAGCAGCUGCGGAAAGAUGGCAACGAGCUGUUCAAAUGCGGGGACUACGAGGGCGCCCUGGCGGCCUACACCCAGGCCCUGGAUCUGGGUGCGACGCCCCAGGACCAGGCCAUCCUGCACCGGAACCGGGCCGCCUGCCACCUUAAGCUGGAAGAUUACAGCAAAGCAGAAACCGAGGCCUCCAAAGCCAUCGACAAGGACGGCGGGGACGUCAAGGCGCUUUACCGGCGGAGCCAGGCCCUGGAGAAGCUGGGCCGCCUGGACCAGGCCGUCCUGGACCUGCAGAGGUGCGUGAGCCUGGAGCCCAAGAACAGAGUUUUCCAGGAGGCCCUGCGCAGCAUCGGGGGCCAGAUUCAGGAGAAGGUGCGGUACAUGUCCUCCACGGAUGCCAAGGUGGAGCAGAUGUUUCAGAUCCUGCUGGACCCCCAGGAGAAAGGCACCGAGAAGAAGCAGAAGGCUUCCCAGAACCUGGUGGUGCUGGCCCGGGAGGAGGCCGGGGCGGAGAAGAUCUUCCGGAACAACGGGGUGCAGCUCCUGCAGCGCCUGCUGGACACGGGGGAGGCCGACCUGAUGCUGGCGGCCCUGCGCACGCUGGUGGGCAUCUGCUCUGAGCACCAGUCACGGACAGUGGCCACGCUGAGCGUGCUGGGGACGCGGCGGGUGGUCUCCGUCCUGGGCGUGGACAACCAGGCCGUGUCGCUGGCUGCCUGCCACCUGCUGCAGGUGAUGUUUGAUGCCCUCAAGGAAGGCGUCAGGAAGGGCUUCCGAGGCAAAGAGGGCGCCAUCGUGGUGGACCCCACCCGGGAGCUGAAGGUCCUCAUCAGCAACCUGCUGGAGCUGCUGACCGAGGCGGGCGCCUCGGGCCAGGGCCGCGACAACGCCCUGAGCCUCCUGAUUAAGGUGGUGCCCCGCAAGUCUCUCAGGGACCCCGACAACAGCCUCACCCUCUGGGUCAUUGACCAAGGUCUGAAGAAGAUCCUGGCGGUGGGCGGCUCUGUGCCGGAGCCUCCCGGGGCUCGCAUGAGCGCCUCCAUCCUCCUCAGCAAGCUCUUCGACGACCUCAAGUGUGACGCCGAGAGGGAGAACUUCCACCGCCUCUGCGAGAACUACAUCAGGAGCUGGUUUGAGGACCACGGGCUGGCCGGGAAGCUGCGGGCCAUCCAGACGGUGUCCUGCCUCCUGCAGGGCCCCUGCGACGCCGGCAACCGGGCCCUGGAGCUGAGCGGCGUCAUGGAGAGCGUGAUCGCGCUGUGCGCCUCUGAGCGGGAGGAGGAGCAGCUGGUGGCCGUGGAGGCCCUGAUCCACGCGGCCGGCAAGGCCAAGCGGGCCUCCUUCAUCACGGCCAACGGCGUCUCGCUGCUGAAGGACCUGUACAAGCGCAGCGAGAAGGACAGCAUCCGCAUCCGGGCGCUGGUGGGACUCUGUAAGCUGGGCUCGGCCGGAGGGACUGACUUCAGCAUGAAGCAGUUUGCUGAGGGCUCCACCCUCAAACUGGCCAAGCAGUGUCGGAAGUGGCUGUGCAAUGACCAGAUUGACGCUGGCACUCGGCGCUGGGCAGUGGAGGGCCUGGCCUACCUCACCUUUGAUGCUGACGUGAAGGAGGAGUUCGUGGAGGACGAGGCGGCCCUGAAGGCUCUGUUCCAGCUCAGCCAGUCCGAGGAGCGGUCGGUGCUGUUUGCGGUGGCCUCGGCGCUGGUGAACUGCACCAACAGCUACGACUACGAGGAGCCCGACCCCAAGAUGGUGGAGCUGGCCAAGUACGCCAAGCAGCACGUGCCCGAGCAGCACCCCAAGGACAAGCCGAGUUUCGUGCGGGCCCGGGUGAAGAAGCUGCUGGCGGCGGGCGUGGUGUCCGCCAUGACGUGCAUGGUGAAGACGGAGAGCCCCGUGCUGACCAAUUCCUGCCGGGAGCUGCUGUCCAGGGUCUUCCUGGCUUUGGUGGAAGAGGCGGAGGACCGCGGCACGGUGGUUGCCCAGGGAGGGGGCAAGGCUCUGCUCCCGCUGGCCCUGGAAGGCACGGACGUGGGGCAGACAAAGGCUGCCCAGGCUCUCGCCAAGCUCACCAUCACCUCCAACCCAGAGAUGACCUUUCCCGGAGAGCGGGUCUAUGAGGUGGUCCGGCCCCUGGUGUCCCUGCUGCACCUCAACUGCUCAGGCCUGCAGAACUUCGAGGCGCUCAUGGCUCUCACAAACCUGGCGGGGAUCAGUGAGAGGCUCCGAUAUCUUCGGGUGAGGAUUAAUGAAAAGAAAAAAAAGGCUCUUGGCCAUAACUGCAGGCUCCAGAGUCAGACGGCCUGGGUUCGAGUCCUGGUUUCUCUGGUUACUGGCGUGAAACCUCAAGCAAGUUACUUAAUCUCUCCGUGCCUCAGUUUCCCCCUCUGUGAAAUGGGAUGGUUAUAGUACCCGCCUCGUCAAAUCCUGGUGAAAAGAAUUAAAUGAGAAAAUACAUGUAAAAGCUCUUAAUACGAAGCUGCCUGGCUCCCGGUGAUGUGCCCGAUUGAUAUGUAUUCGCUGUUAUUACUCAUUGUGACCUUGACUGCAUGGCUCACUCCACAGCCUUGGUUUUCUCUUCUGCAACGUAGUCAUGCCAGUCACACCUGCACCUCCAGCAGGGGGCGUGGGGAGGAGGAGGUCAGACAGCCUGAGUGCCAGUCAGGGUCAGGGCUCAAUGGCAGUGUCAGCAUCGCCAUCACCACCACCUUCGUCCGCGAACUCCUAGUUCAGAGCCUUUCCCACGGUCCCACGUCAGCGCCCAGGCCUG